CUGGGUGACAUGUACCGCCAGCUCUACGAUUUCUUCGGGGACAGCCUGGCCGCCCGCUUCGGCACCGGGACCCCCGCCGACCCCCCGAGCCCCCCGGGGGKCGCACCCGAGGGCGCCCGCAAAGACCCCCCGGCCGAAGGCGCCGCCCGCAAAAUGCCCCAACUGACCAACGCCACGGUCAGCCCGAGGGACGAGGAACCGCCCCGGCCGGAGCCACCAAACCCUUCAGGUGGCCGGAGCGUCCCUCAACGCCCGGCCGGAGCCUCCGCCCGUCCCCGCGGGCCACCCCGCGCUCCCUCCGGCCACCGGCCCGGCGCUCGGGACGUGUUCCAGAAAUGUCGCUUCGCCCCGCGGGGACCGCCCCGCUUCAGUUUCGUGAUCGCGGGGCGYCAGAGCGGCCGCCGCUGCCCCGGCCGGAGGUUCCAGACCAAUUUCCCGCAGCCCCCCGGGCCCGGGCUGGGCUCUCGCUACGCGCAGAGGUUGCCCAUGAUCGGCCGGAGCGCUCGGACAUCGCCCCGGUGGCCACGGGCUGAGUACUCGCUGCUGCUGCUGCUCUGAGGGGCAGGGGGGAAUGGGCAGUGAAGGGUGGAGGGGUCAAUAAAUGGU